AUGGCUUAUGACCGCUUCAUUGCCAUCUGCAGACCCCUGCACUACGGCACCAUCAUGGACAGCAGAGCUUGUGUCAAAAUGGCAGCAGCUGCCUGGGCCAGUGGUUUUCUCUAUGCUCUCCUGCACACUGGGAACACAUUUUCAAUACCACUCUGCCAAGGCAACACAGUGGAGCAGUUCUUCUGUGAAAUUCCCCAGAUCCUCAAGCUCUCCUGCUCAGAUGCCUACCUCAGGGAAGUUGGGGUUCUUGUGGCUAGUGGCUGUUUAUUCUUUGGGUGUUUCAUUUUCAUUGUGCUGUCCUACGUGCAGAUCUUCACAGUCGUGCUGAGGAUCCCCUCUGAGCAGGGCCGGCACAAAGCCUUUUCCAUGUGCCUCCCGCACCUGGCCGUGGUCUCCCUGUUUGUCAGCACCUCAUUUUUUGCCUAUCUGAAGCCCCCCUCCCUCUCCUCCCCAGCUGUGGAUCUGGUGGUGGCUGCUCUGUACUCGGUGGUGCCUCCAGCGGUGAACCCCCUCAUCUACGAGCAGGGGCUCCACCACCUCGUGGCCCCUGAACCCAAGGCCGACACUGAUUGUCACAUCCCUGAUGUGGUGCAGGUGUCCUCCAAAGGCCAGAGGAAGCAAAUGUCCAACAGAAGCUCCCUGAACGAGUUCCUCCUCCUGGGGUUCUCUGACACACGGGAGCUGCAGUUCCUGCACUUCUCGCUCCUCCUGGGCAUCUACCUGGCUGCCCUUCUGGCUCUGGACCUGGUGGUGGCUAUUCUGUAUGUGGUGGUGCCUCCAACACUGAACCCCCUCAUCUACAGCAUGAGGAACAGGGGGCUCAAGGAGGCACUGAGGAAACUGACUCAACUGGUACUAGUUCUGCAGCAAUAA